AUGCCUCAAGAUAAAAUACAAGGGGAACUUGCCCUCGACAUAUGGGAAUCUAUGUACAAAGAGAAAACCGAAACUCCCACAAUGAUAGUCCAACAGAUCAUCGAACAUCACAACGUCAUAACUCGAGAAAUGGAAAAAAUAGCUAAAGAAGAGAUUGCGAUGCUCCAAACCCAGUUAAAUGAUGCGCAAAAGCUGGCAGCACAACGAGCCAAGAAAAUAAAGAGCUUGAAGAUGGCAGCCAAACUCUUAGUAGCUGGCCCACCAAAGGACACGGAGAGUGCGCCAUCGACAUUCGACCCGCCGCAGGACCCAUCAAAAGAAACUUGGGAGGCUACUAUGAACAAUAUUGGCGCAACAAUCCAUCUCCUCGACGCCGAGGAAUUAUACCAGAAGGGGGACAUCAGAGGCCUCGUCGAAGUAGCACAGAAUGCCGUGACGUGCGCUGCGAAGCAGCUCGACAAGAAGCUUUUGGCCGAUGCUUGGAUCUGGCUUGGGACGGGCUACUGUAGCAGGGCCAAUUUGAAAAGUGGGGUUGAAGCAUUUAAGAUGGCACUCGAAGUCUUGAAAACUUUGGACCAGAAGGAUAAGGAGGUUGAAAGCAUGAAGAAACUGAUAGAGACGUGGCAGAGUGAUAUCAAGGAACCUGAAGCCAAGUUUUCUGCACUGCUUCUAAAAAUUCAGAGCAAAUGA